AUGGAGCUUUCAACUGUAAAAACUGAAUUCUGCCCAAGAAGCCAUAGGUUGUUCAUGAUGCAAGGCGGGAAUAUUGACAUAAAGUGCAUGAAAAGGCGGCGAAGAGACUCAUCAGUUGUGCUUCUACAGGGUAAUGAGAAGCAAGAGCAACCACGGGGUGGUCAAUCAACUGCUACCACUACUACUGUCAAGAGAAGUUCGAGGUUUCGUGGAGUUAGCAGACACAGAUGGACAGGGAGGUAUGAAGCUCAUUUAUGGGACAAAGGGACUUGGAAUCCAACUCAGAAGAAGAAAGGGAAGCAAGUAUAUUUGGGAGCUUAUGCUGAUGAAGAAGCUGCGGCUAGAGCAUAUGAUUUGGCUGCACUCAAGUACUGGGGAAUUUCUACAUUCAUAAACUUCCCUGUAUCUAAUUACGAGAAAGAGAUUGAGAUAAUGAAAACUAUGACAAAAGAAGAAUAUCUUGCUUCUUUGAGAAGGAGAAGCAGUGGAUUUUCUAGAGGAGUAUCAAAGUACAGAGGAGUAGCAAGGCACCAUCACAAUGGAAGAUGGGAAGCAAGAAUUGGGAGGGUUUUUGGUAACAAGUACCUCUACCUUGGCACUUACAGUACACAAGAAGAGGCUGCUAGAGCAUAUGAUAUAGCAGCUAUAGAGUACAGAGGCUUGAAUGCAGUAACAAACUUUGACUUGAGCACUUAUAUUAGAUGGCUAAGACCAGAAGCCCUUAAUACUGCUUCUCAAGAACAAAAGCAAAACCCACAAAUUCACCAUCUCAUGACAAACCCUAACCUCAGCCAAACCAGAGAAAUCAUUGAGGCAUCCAAUUUCAAUCACAAUCCAGUGGAGCAAGACAUACCUCAGUAUUUGACCCCUUUAAGUCAUAGUAAUGGUGCCAAGUCAUCAUCUUCUCCAACAGCAUUAGGGCUUCUGCUGAAAUCCUCAGUGUUUAGAGAUCUAAUGCAGAAAAAUAUGAAUCAGACUAAAGGUAAAGAAGAAAAAGAAGAUGGAACGGAAAACCCACAAGUAGGAAAUGAUCGGUUUUCUUACUUAUGCUCUUCCAAUGGCAAUAGAAUACCAAAUUUACAGUCACCGGAAGAGAAGGCGUUGCCAGUACUGUAUCAGAGAACUGGCAGAACUCUAUGGAAUGAGUGCUUUGAAAGAAUCUGA